GUCGUUCGUUUGUCGUCUUGCAGUAGAUUUUUGCAUUUUAUGCAAAACUGACUCAAGUUUAGACUAAAACGGACUUUUUUUGGUAAAACCACCGAAUUUUUGAACAAAUUUUACAUUAGGUCGAAAUACUGAAAAAUGGAAUUCUCCAAGAGAACUGUGGCUGUGAUACUUUACUUACAUUGUACAAUAGUAGCUUCAUCUCCGGUGAUUCCCAGCACUCGCCACGCCCUCUGUGACGUCACCAUGGAGGACCAAAACCUCCCGGACCAAUCCGAUUGUUCGAAAUACUUCCGGUGCGUGUACGGGACACUCGUACCGAAAAUCUGCCCGGAAAAAAUGCUCUUCAACCCCGGAAUCGGAAAUUGCGAUUUGUUUUAUAACGUGGACUGUAGUACCGCGCGUCGUUUAGACCGCGACGAGGAAAAAACAGUGGCGGAACUGGAGGGUGUACGCAGCACGACAUUUAGGAAAGUGAAAGAAUUCGUUGAUGACACCUCGACCGUCAUCAGCAGGUUCGUUUAUAUUCCGCAUGAGGAGUACGUGAACGCGUACUAUAAAAUUGAAAACGGAAAGAGGAGUUUGUUGUACUGCGAGGAGGGCAUGGUGUUCAGUGUGGAGCUGGAGAUUUGCGUUAAAAUGUAGAGUAAUUGAAACAAUUGUACUGAGGUUCUUUUGUACAAUUAUGACAGCACGUGACGUCGUUCGGAAGAGUUAUUGGAUCUGUGAUUGGUGGAAGCAUGAAGCAAUAAGAUUGUUAUAUUAAUGAUCUAAUAAAGUUUUUCGAUGUU